UGUGUGUUCUGACCGGGCACGGAGCAUGCCCGAAUGGGCCCCUCGUGUGGGGUUCUUGCCACGUGGGGGCCGCGGGGGCCGGGGUGGUGGGCCCCUCCUGAGCCCCCUUUGCCCUUUUCACACCGGCCCCUCCCCCCACUUAGGUGCCUUCUGGUGGCCAGCCCGGCCCCACCCUCCACGGUUCUGCCUCUCCCCACCCUCAGAGUGAGGGACAAAGCCAUGGGGGCUCAGGGAGGGAGCAGGCCUGGGUGGCCCUGGGAGGUUGGUACAGAGAUUGGUGUAGUGGGUUAAAUUUUGUCGAUGGUGUCGUACUCGGGUACGGUGGGUUAGGACAGUGGGUCAGCGCAGCAGAUUAGAGUCAGUUAACACAGCAGAUCAGAACCGAAGGUCAUUGUAACUGAUUAUUGUGGUAGAACGGUAGGUCAGUAACGAUUAUGUGGGCAGUUGGGAUAGCAGGUCAGUGCGGUGUUAUUGUUGUGGACUGAUACCAGGUCGGUGCGCCAGUCCAGUCCGGGGCACGGUCCAUGUGCGGUGGAUUAACAGCACAGAUCGACACCGUAGAUGAGUCGACCGGACCAGGGUUCCGGAGCUCGGAUGAGCCAGGGCUGGGCUCUGUGCCUCUCGCCCGAGGCUGGCCGUUGUGCUGGGUCCGGGGCUCCGCGGCUGCCCCGAGGCGUGAGUGGCCUGAGAGGUGUGGCCCUCGGGGGUGACCGGCUUCGUCGGUUCUGACGCGUCCACCCCCCGGGCGGGUGUCGGCACAGUCCGGACCGGCCCCCGUAGGUGCCCUUUGGCUCUGUCCCCAACGCAGGCUCUGAGAGUAAUGGGCUCCUUUCUGUCGCUCAGAGGCGGGGACAGCUCGUGGGACCUGACGUUUGUAUUCAGACGAUCGUGGUCUUUUCUCACGUCUUUCCUCGUAUUGUGGAGCGAUUUUCUCUAGUGUUGGGUGUCUCAUCGCGUGGGUUUGUGUGUCCACCACGUGGUGGUCCUGCUGAGAACACGGGGGAUAGCCCUGUGCUCAUGGGCGGUUUUGCUGCUGUCACCGACCCCACAGAGCGGGAGGGGCAUCCUGGUUACUGCGCGCCUGCGCUGGACACGGGCUGUGGUCUUAGGAAGCUUCUCCUGCGCGCAGAAAUCACACAUCCCAGAUCCCGCAUCCAGAAGGUCUUAUUUUUCUUAUCAGUCAGUUGUGUUUUGAGAGCCUUGCUGGUCGGGACACUGACGAGACGUUCGCCCGAUCCUGGGCUCACGGGUCACCUGAGCGCCGGCCGGGACGGUCCCUGCAGGCACGGUGGGGGGUCAGGGGAGUGUCUGCAGGUGCAGCUCUGGGACCGACCGUGUCUGAGGGCUCCUCUCCCCACAGGAAACGAGAGCAACACAACUGAACUGACCAUGUAUUUAAAGGUUAUUAUUAUUUUUUUAAUCACAUUUUGUUUUAUUUGAGGACGAGGACACGGCCUGUUUGGGGGCCGAGAAUAGGUGUCUACCACUGUUUAAUUCAGCACACGUUGGGGUGGCCACUGGUCAUUAGCAGGACCCUGGACCUGACCGUGGGUGUCACAGGUGGGGUCCGCAGGUGGGCUGUGGCUUUGGAGGGCACAGCCUCUCACGGGGGCUAUGACGGAUGUGUUCCCCAGUAACUGGACCCUCCGAGGCCAGACGCCGCGUGAGGACAUCACAGAAUUCCUUCUGUUCCGGGCAGUUCGAGACGCCCUCACUGUACGGGGACCUGGUUCUUCAACUGGAACCUUACUGAGGACUGGGUUUUGACGCGUCAGGUGUGGGAAGGACUUCCGCCAGCUGUGGGACCCGGGAGCAGGUCUCUCCACGGAUGUCGGCGCUGCAGCGUGUUUGGGGAGCAGGGCAGUCCCCCAAGAACGUGCAGGCCGGAGGCCGGGGAGCGUGCGUGGGGAGCCUCCGAUCGGCGGGGUAGAGAGAUGCUAGGUCUAGAUUGGCAGGGAGCCAAGUUGGGGGGGUGGUUGCCGUUGACUGUGGGGUCCCAGUGAAGGUUUUCGGUGGGAGAGGCCGUGAGGACGCAGUGCUGUAGAACCUGCAGGGAAGGAGCUGACCGAGGAGAGGCCUGGACGGUGGGAGGGGAAGGUUAGUUCGGGAGAAAGUCGUCUGAUGUCAGCCUCCACAUUUAACAUAAAUGGACAUUGGACACAUGAACAAACACAGCACUCGCCUUUAGUGCUGAUAGCGUAUAUCGAGCUGGUAACCUGGAUUUUUUUCACAAAGGAGAAAUAUAGUACUUUUAACAAAAUACUUGUUUUUCAUUUCAUAGUUUUAUUUUCAUUUCAUCCAUAUAUAAAGGCACCUUCAAAAAUAACCACAAUAAAGCAUCUAAAAAUUAGCAAUGAUUUCUUAACAUCAUCUGAUAUCCUGCCAAUGUUUCCCCUUCCCCAGUCUGUGUGUAUGUGUGUGUGUGCACACAUGGGCUUCAGUGUCCCUGGUGUGUGUGUGUGGGGGUGCUUCAGUGUCUCUGGUAUAUAUGUCUGUGUGUGCGCGGGCUCCAUUGUCCUUGGUGUCAGCGUGUGAGCGUGUGUGUGUGUGUGUGUGUGUCUGUGUGUGUGUGGGCUCCAUUGUCCUUGGUGCCUGUGUGUGUGUGUGUGUGCGCGGGCUCAAUUGUCCCUGGUGUGAGUGUGAGUGUGUGAGUGUAUGUGUGUGUGUGUGUGUGUGUGUGUGUUUGUGUGUGUGUGGGCUCCAUUGUCCCUGGUGCCUCUGUGUGUGUGUGUGUGUGUGUGUGUGCUCCAUUGUCCCUGGUGUGAGUGUGUGUGUGUGUGUGUGUGUGUCUGUGUCUGUCUGUCGGUGUGUGUUUGGGCUCCGUUGUCCCUGGUGUGUGUGUGGGGGGGGUGCUUCAGUGUCCCUGGUAUAUAUGUCUGUGUCUGUGCGGGCUCCAUUGUCCCUGGUGUCAGCGUGUGAGCGUAUGUGUGUGUGUGUCUGUGUGUGUGUGUGUGUGUCUGUGUGUGUGUGGGCUCCAUUGUCCCUGGUGCCUGUGUGUGUGUGUGUGUGUGUGUGUGUGUGUCUGUGUGUGCGCGGGCUCCAUUGUCCCUGGUGUGAGUGUGAGUGUGUGAGCCUGUGUGUGUGUGUGUGCUCACGCACGGGCUCCACUGUUGCCGUAAUAGUUACCGGUCACGAGUCGGGAAGAGCUGCUGAGGCCCCUGCAUGCGAUCGCCCGGGGCCGAAAGCGUUUGCCCAGGUCCACAGGCGCCCGAGAGGAGAACAAAGAGGCCUUGAACAGCGGCAGCUGCUGUGGAAUCUGCGCCCGUCAGACUUUCCGUGGCCGCUGGGGAUUAAGCGCCGUUGGGUGGAGGGUGAGAAUUCCCGGCCGGCGUGCACCCUUUUCGGUCCCAUCCGCGCCUCAGCUGUUGGGACGCGUGAAGGCCUGCCCACGUGGCCAUGUUUCUGGACGUGA